AUGGGCGGUCUUUGGAUCAUUUCCAAGGCAGGCGGCCUGAUCUACCAGUCCCCUCCCCCCUCAAGCGCCUCAGCAGCCUUUCGCGCCGUCUCCUCCAACGAGGCUCUCAUCCUCGCUGGUACGCUGCACGGCAUUCACGCAAUUACUGCUCGCCUUGAUCCGACUACAGCGCUCAAGCCGCCAGGGGCGGCGAGGGGCGCAAUGGAGAGCUUGGAGAGCGAGGGAUUUGCAAUGAGCGUUAAAGGGACUGCGACUGGCGUCAAGCUCGUUCUCAUUCACCCGUCGGGGCACCCCAACCCACACGCAACGCUGCAACGCUGCUACGAAGCGUAUGCGGACCAGGUCAUGAAGAAUCCAUUCUACACAAUGGAGAUGCCCAUUCGCGUCCAAGGGUUCGACCGUGAGGUGGGCAGCGUCUUGGCGGCGAGCUAG